UCAGCUGUAAACACAAAUACAGAGAGAGAGCAAACCCAUUUCUUGAAAUUCGAUUUCAGACAAAGCAUGAAGAGAGUCAGAGGUUUCAAAAUUGGACAUAGAUCUGUCAAGAUAUUCAAAUGGAUCCGAUCAAGAAGAAUUCGAACAAUGAAACGUCAGUACCGGUCACGAAUUACAAACCCGAUCGCCGGAAUACGGUCAUUAGCACGGUGUCUAAGCCAUGGAGCCAAGAGACUGUGCGGUGGCAAGAAUGAUUUGGGUCAGGGUCAGAUCCGACUGGGUAAGGAUCCAAAAACGGCUGUUCCGAAGGGACACUUGGUGGUUCACUUCGGCGAAUCAGACGGCGACACGCGGCGGGUUGUAGUUCCGGUGAUCUAUUUUAAUCACCCAUUGUUCGGAGAAUUGUUGGAGCAAGCGGAGCGGGUUCAUGGGUUCGAUCAACCUGGUCGGAUCACGAUUCCUUGUCGGGUUUCUGAUUUUGAGAAAGUUCAGACGAGGAUCGCCGCAUGGGAUCAUUGCCGCAGGAAGAGAACUUACAAGAUUCUCUAGUUUGUCACAUUUCUAGUUUUUUUUUAAAUAGUCAAAAAUCAGAAAAAGAGAAUAAAGAAAAUA